CGCUUCACUUUUUUCUCAUCCAUCAUCAUCCCUCACUCCCGCAGUUCAAAAUGGCGCCAAAACCUGCAACUUCUCCGGCGGUUUUCGCCAUUUUCACUCUCCUCCUCAUCUUCUCCGCCUCCGUCACCGCACAUGACUACUCCGAUGCUCUCCGGAAAUGCAUUCUGUUCUUCGAAGGUCAACGUUCCGGCAGACUUCCGCCGGAUCAACGCGUCACGUGGCGGAGUCAUUCCGCCAUGCACGACGGAGCUUCCGCCGGAGUCGAUCUAAGAGGCGGAUACUACGACGCCGGAGACAACAUAAAGUUCAACUUCCCAAUGGCGUUCACCACAACAAUGCUGGCAUGGAGCGUAAUCGAUUUCGGCCGAUUAAUGGGCGCAGAGCUCGGAAACGCAAUUAGGGCAGUGAAAUGGGGAACAGAUUACUUACUAAAAGCAACUGCCACAGACGGCGUUGUUUACGUUCAAGUAGGGGAUCCUCUUUCGGACCAUAACUGUUGGGAGAGGCCGGAGGAUAUGGAUACGUUGCGGACGGUGUAUAAGGUUGAUCGGAACCACCCUGGAUCUGAGGUGGCAGGGGAGACUGCUGCUGCUUUGGCCGCUGCUUCGAUUGUUUUCCGGUCACGUGAUCCUGUGUACUCCAGGAUUCUUCUUAACCGUGCUGUUAAGGUCUUCCGGUUUGCUGACACUUACAGAGGUGCAUAUAGCGAUUACUUGAGCUCUGCUGUUUGCCCUUUUUACUGUGACAACAAUGGCUACGAGGAUGAAUUGUUAUGGGCAGCAGCAUGGUUACAAAAAGCAUCAAGAAGACGGCAAUAUAGGGAGUACAUAGUACGAAAUCAGGUCAUCUUGAGGGCAGGAGACACCAUUCAUGAAUUUGGGUGGGAUAACAAACAUGCUGGCAUCAAUGUUCUUAUUUCAAAGGAAGUAUUGAUGGGAAAAUCGCCCAAUUUAAAAUCAUUCCAGAACAACGCCGAUGCUUUCAUAUGCUCGUUAUUGCCAGGAACCGCACAUCUUCAAGUUCAAUACUCACCAGGUGGAUUAAUAUUUAAGGCUGGAGGAAGUAAUAUGCAACAUGUGACUUCACUGUCUUUCCUACUGUUAGCCUAUUCCAACUACCUAAGUCACGCCAAUCGUGUUGUGCCAUGUGGCGAUAAAACAGCUUCCCCUGCUCUUCUUAAAAGUUUGGCCAGACGUCAGGUGAACUAUAUUCUAGGAGAUAAUCCGAUGAGAAUGUCGUAUAUGGUGGGAUACGGUCCACGAUACCCACAAAGGAUUCACCACAGGGGUAGCUCGCUACCCUCGGUUAGAGUCCAUCCAGCCCACAUAGGCUGCCAGGCCGGGUCCCGCUACUUCUUUAGCCCAGACCCAAACCCAAACGUACUGAUUGGAGCCGUAGUUGGUGGGCCCAACACCACUGACGCGUUUCCCGACUCUAGACCCUUCUUUCAAGAAACGGAGCCAACGACGUACAUAAACGCACCAUUGGUGGGACUAUUGGGCUACUUUGCAGCCCAUCCUUGAUUUAAAAAGUUGUUCAAUUGGUAGUGGUGCGCAAAUUGGUCACCCUGCCUUACCCUUAUUAUUCGCCGUUAUUAGUGUUGAUUUCCAAAUGGAAAAGUUGCAAUUGUAUCUAAAUAUUAUUAUUCAAUCUAUGAUAUCCGACAUGGCAUGUUGUGCUCCUUA